AUGGCUGCCAAUUCCCAACAGUUUGGUACAAGACAUGAUGCACCACCCAAAAGGGUGAAUGAGGUUAAUGCAGCAGGAAACUUUCCUGGACCACCGAGGCAAUAUGAUUCUUACUCCAACACGUACAAUCUAGGUUGGAGGGAUCAUCCGAAUUUCAGUUAUGGAGGAAAUAGACAAGUAGGAGGUGGACAGAAUUUCUUUCAGAAUAGACAACAACAAGGGUUUCAACCGAAGCAACCUGCCUCACAGAAUUCAAACUCAUCACUGGAAGAUAUAGUGAAGUCCCUUGCUUUGAAUACCAAACAGUUUCAACAAGAUACAAGAUCUAGUAUUCAAAGUUUGGAGAAUCAGAUGGGUCAAAUGGCAAUUACUAUAAGUCGUUUAGAGGCUCAAGUCGGAGGGAAGUUGCCUUCUCAAACAGUGGUGAACCCAAAGGAAAAUGUGAAUGCAGUAACACUAAGAAGUGGCAAGAAAGUGGAAGAAUCGAAGCUGAAUAGUCCAAUUGUAGCAAAGGAAGCAAAAAUUGAAGAUGAAAUUGAAGAGGCUACAACUGAAUCAAAGGUGGAAGUGAAUAUACCUCUGUUGGACACAAUUAAGCAAGUGCGAAGGUAUGCAAAAUUUCUUAAGGAGCUGUGCACCAAUAAGCGGAAGUUGAACGGUGAUGAGAAGAUAAUAAUGGGAGAAAAUGAAAGUGCCAAACCGACACGGGAAGCACAAUGCAGAUUAAAUACCCCAAUGAUGGAUGUGGUGAAAAAAGAAGUCCUAAAGCUUUUAGAUGCUGGGGUAAUUUAUCCUAUUUCCAACAGUAAGUGGGUAAGUCCAGUGCAAGUUGUCCCCAAGAAAUCUGGUGUUACAGUGGUGAAAAAUCAAGGCAAUGAGUUGGUCCCUACACGUGUUCAGACAGGCUGGCACGUGUGCAUUAAUUACAGGAAGUUGAACUCAACAACUCGAAAAGAUCAUUUUCCACUUCCCUUUAUUGAUCAAAUGCUUGAGAGGUUAGCUGGUCAAGUUUAUUACUGUUUUCUUGAUGGAUUUUCAGGGUAAAACCAAAUUGUCAUAGCACCGGAGGAUCAAGAGAAUAUGACAUUCACAUGCCCAUUUGGUACCUUCGCCUAUAGCCGAAUGCCGUUUGGUCUCUACAAUGCUCCAGCCACAUUCCAGUGAUGUAUGGUAAGUAUUUUUUCAGAAUAUGUUGAGUCAAUUAUAGAGGUGUUUAUGGAUGAUUUUAGUGUUUUUGGUGAUUCAUUUGAUCAAUGCUUGCAUAACUUUACACUAAUUCUACACAGAUGCAUGGAAACUAACCUUGUACUUAACUGGGAAAAAUGUCAUUUUAUGGUAGAGCAAGGUAUAGUUUUGGGGCAUAUUGUUUCAUCAAAAGGAAUAGAGGUUGAUAAAUCUAAGAUAGAUUUGGUUACAGCUUUACCUUACCCAGCCAAUGUGCGGGAAGUUCGAUCUUUUCUUGGCCAUGCAGGUUUCUAUCGGAGAUUUAUCAAGGACUUUUCAAAAAUCGCAUUGCCCCUGCAGAUUGUUACAAAAGAUGUGGAUUUUCAGUUUGAUGAGAAGUGCAAGGAGGCAUUUGACAAGUUGAAGACAUUGUUAACGAGAACACCAGUGAUACAACCACCUAAUUGGGAUCUACCUUUUGAAAUUAUGUGUGAUGCAAGCAACUACACAGUAGGUGCUGUCUUGGGUCAAAGAGUUGGCAGAGUGUGUCACGCCAUUUAUUAUGCAUCCAGGACCUUGAAUGGCACCCAGCUCAAUUAUUCUACAACUGAAAAAGAACUUUUAUCUGUUGUUUUUGCUUUAGAAAAAUUUUAGUCAUAUUUGUUGGGUGCUAAAGUCAUUGUCUUUUCUAAUCAUGUAGCUCUUAGGUACUUGCUCACAAAGAAGGAGGCAAAACCAAGGCUAAUUAGAUGGAUUCUUCUACUCCAAGAAUUUGAUUUGCAGAUUAAAGAUAAAAAGGGAGCAGAGAAUGUUGUAGCAGAUUACCUCAGCCGUUUGGUUCGUGACAGCGAUGAGCUUCCUUUGCGAGAAACAUUUCCAGAUGAGCAAUUGUUUUCCAUUGAAAUGGCGUCACCAUGGUAUGCAGAUAUUGUCAAUUUUCUAGUUACUAACGUGUUGCCAAAUGAUUUGACUAGAGCUCAAAAGGAUAAGAUCAAGAGUGAUGCUAAGUAUUAUGCUUGGGAUGAUCCAUAUCUGUGGAAGCAUUAUACUGACCAAAUGAUAAAAAGGUGCGUAUCUGAACAUGAAACCAAUGGCCAAGCCGAGGUGUCAAAUAGAGAGAUCAAGUCAAUUCUGGAAAAGACAGUGAACCCAAACAGGAAGGAUUGGUCUUUGAGAUUAGACGAUGCAUUAUGGGCAUAUAGAACAGCAUAUAAGACACCUAUUGGCAUGUCCCCAUACAGAUUAGUGUUCGGUAAGCCGUGUCAUCUUCCAGUAGAAUUAGAGCACAAGGCUUAUUGGGCAAUCAAGCAUUGCAAUAUGGAGAUGAAGGAAGCUGGCGUUAAUAGGAAGUUGCAAUUGCAAGAACUUGAGGAGUUGAGGAAUGAUGCCUACAAGAGUUCACACAUCUACAAGGCAAAGACUAAAGCCUUUCAUGACAAGAUGAUCUCAAGGAAGCAUUUUUCAGUUGGACAAAAAGUCCUUCUUUUUCAAUCAAGGCUGAAGUUAUUUCUGGGUAAGUUAUUUUCUCGUUGGGUGGGACCUUUUAUUGUGACUAAUGUUUUUCAUCAUGGUGCAGUAGAAAUCCAAAGUUUGCAAACAGACAAGGUGUUUAAGGUCAAUGGACAUAGGCUUAAACCUUACUAUGAAGGGUUCCAAGUUUGCAAUAUUGAGGAGGUAGGAUUGGAGGAGUCGAUACAUGAGUAA